ACUAACCACUGCCACAGGAAGUGAGCUUCACACUUAGAUGACAGUAUUAACAUAUCUCUUUAUCUCUACAAGGAAUGUGUGAUUUUUACAUAUUUCUUUAAUGUCUGUAAGUUUAACUAUCCAAAUAUAAGUUAGAAAUACACUUGGGUGAAGUUCUCCUUUUGUUUCUCAGUUUGAACGUUUUUAAGACGCCCAUUGAGAACAACGGAUUUCAAGCAGACAGAAUGAUGCUUCCUAAAGGGAUUCCUCUGCUUCUGCUUGUUCUUCUUAUGGGCUCCUGCACCAGCUCAAAUAAAGAGCUAAUACAUGUGCCUGAGAAAACAGAACAAAUUGAUGAAGGAUCAUGUGUAACCAUUCCCUGUUUUUACAAAAAAACAGAGGAGGAAACAUAUACUCUGUUGUGGUUUAAAGAUCCAAAAUUUAAUAAAGCAUCAAAAAUGUUUAACGGGACUAUUGUAUACAGUAACACAGACAAACGUCCCCAGUCUCUGGAUUACUCCGGCAGAGUGGAAAACAUCACUGAUGCAACAUCACAAGCAAACCAAGAAGACUGGAUAAAAUGUGAUUUAAGAAUCACAGAUCUGCAAAAGACAGACAGUGGAAACUACACAUUUAGAUUUAUUGGAUCAGACAAAAGGUUCAUAAGCAAAGCUCUGUCUCUCAAAGUUAAAGACAAUCCUUGUAAGGUGCACAUUGAAACAUCAGAGCUGAAGAAUCCACUCAUUGAGUCAGAAGAAUUCACUGUUCGCUGUUCCACAUUUGGUUCCUGUGAUUUUCAUCCUGAGUGGCUCGACCACACAUCAGGACAAAAGCAAGAAUGGACGUCCUCCUUGUCGACUGAUAUGAUUAUAGAGACUGAAGAGGGAAAAGAAGGCAGAAAGAUCACCAAAUUGAAGCUCAAAGUGACAUGGAAGGAUGACAACAGGAUUCUGUCUUGUCGUCCAGCGAAGAGUGAGGACAGCUGCCAGAUCAGGAAUAUCGCACUGUUUGUGGAACAUGCACCUCAAGAGACAAAAGCAACAGUGAGCUCUGAGGAUGUAAAGGAGGGAGAUUCUGUCACUCUCUCCUGCACCAGCAGAGGUCGCCCUGAUGUCAGCUUCUCAUGGUUCAAAAAAGAGAAAAUGGAAAAGUCUCAGCAAAUGUCUGACUCGAAACUAACUAAUGUGAAACCAGAAGACAGUGGAGAAUAUUACUGCGAAGCUAAAAACAAGCAUGGUGCAAAGAAAUCAAAUAUCAUUAAAAUUGAUGUGAAGUAUGGUCCAAAAGGUGUCACAGUGCAACCCCCUGUCAACAUUAAUGAUCUCAAAGAGGGAGACAAACUGACACUAAAGUGUUCAGUCCAGAGAUGUAACCCAGCUGUCUAUCAGUUUAUGUGGUACAAAGAUUUCCAAGCCCAGCAUGAAACCAGCCAGACAUUCAUCAUCAGUAAAGUUACUGAAGAGGACAGAGGAUCUUACCGUUGCCGGGCUGACAACGGGAUUAAAACAGCAACAUCAAAUAUCCUCGAAGUAUCUGUAAAGUAUGCACCCAAAAAUGUGACUGCAAAUGCUAAAGGAGAGCAAACAUUUGGGAAUGAGCUGACCCUUACAUGUGAGGCUCGCGCCAAUCCUGCUCCAUCCUCAUAUGAGUGGAAGAAAUGCUUCAAUGGACAGUUAAAGACAAAUGAACGGAAACAUGAACAGAGACUACACUUUCAUUCUCUAGAAAUCUCUGACUCUGGUCAGUAUGCCUGUAUUGCUAAAAAUUCCAUUGGAAAAACAGAAUCCCCUUGUGUAGAGAUCAAGGUGAAACAUGUUCCAAACAUAAAAAUUGUCCAUAACAUGACAACUUUAACUCAGUGGAAUUGGGAGUUUCCAGUCUAUAUGACCUGCAGUGCAGAUGCUUAUCCUCCUGCCACAGUCUACAAUUGGUACAGAGAGGAGGACAACAAGACCGCACUGUCAGAACAUCAGAACUUCACUGUUCAGCCUCAGAACCCAGGAAUGUAUUACUGUACAGCAGCCAAUGCUAUCGGAGAAUCACGAUCCGAAAACAUCAUGUUAUUUACUGGCAAUAACUCCCUUACGGUGUUCUACCAGAUCAUCUUACCCAUCAUUCUCCUGUUGAUUCUUAUUGUUGUGGCCGUCUUUCUGUUACCCAGGACUAUCAUCAAGGCAAGAUCAGAUCAGCAAAGUGGAGCAGAUAAUCCUUUGUGCUUUUUUCCUGUAUUCCUGUCACGCUCUUCUACAGUGACAAACUUACUAUUAUUGGGAUCACGUAAUAAUACCCAGGAGAAUCUGUCAGUGGCGGGAAUUCCUGAUUCAGGUUAUGGAAGAGUUAAUCAAUCACGUCCGACACCCAAUUCCCAAGAUCCUACUCAAGCACAGGACCCUAAUCCAAGGCCAAAAUCUACUAUUCACACAGUGUAUGCUGCUAUUAAACUGCCACAAAUGAAACAGAGAAGACAGUCCCCAAAACAACAAAAAACUGAAAAUAUGGACAAUGACGCAGCUAUAUCUACCCUAAACUAUGUCACUUUUGAUUUGAAGGGGCAAAAUGAGCCAGCAAAAAGAGUACCUGAAGGAUCAGCAGUCUAUGCUAUGGUGUCAAAAAAUAAGCAGACAAUGAAUUCCCAAUCAGAAAAUCCAGAUUAUGAAAAUGUUUCUUCUGCGUGUGUGCCAAAACUUUCAUUCACAAAUAUGGACUGGGAAUCUGAUACCAGUGAAGAAGAUGAAGUGAAUUACUCCACUGUGUCUUGUUCUGCCAAGUCUGCUGUUAAAGAACCCAAACAUAACCAGAAGAGUUCAAGCUCAAGCUCAAGCUCAAGCUCAAGCUCAAGCACCUCUGAUGACGAGGACAGAACUGUUUAUUCAGCCAUUAAAACAUAAACACAAGGCGUUUCCAAUUUAAGUAUUAAAACUAAGUAUUAUAUCCUUAAUCAGAAUUAUAGUUAUAAUAUUAGUCUAUAUAAUGUAAUUUGAAAGUAAAAAUAUUAUAUAAAUUAUGAUUCUAUAAGUGUGGCUUUUACUCCUUCACUUUUUAUUUUUGCAGUGUGUUGCUAUUGCAUUAAUAUAAUAUUGAUAAAUAUAAUUAAUAAUGUUUUAAAAAUAAUAUUUUUCAUUAUGUAUCAAUGUACCAUAUAUUUGUGUGUUCAAUUCAUGCGUGGAAAAUUGCCAAAAGUAGUGUGAAAAAUUUAGUUUCACGACAUUGUGUGAAAUGCAACAAUUGAUUUCAUUAAACAUUUGCAUUUGCCACUGCUGAACUGCCAAGCUGAGAGUAUUUGACUGGUUGCAUAAAACUUUGAUUUAAAAACAAAAAAGUCUCCUGGGCUCAGUGAUUUCAAGAAUUAAAG